GGCAGGUGAGGAUGAGGGCGCUGCUGCGACCCUGAAAGAACAUUGAGCAUCAGCAUAUCACCCAUGUUGACAAUUCAUUCGAUAAAACAUGGCAGCGUGCAAAGGCAGAAGACACCAAUCACCGUCAAAUGAAACGCCUCAGACUCGCUCUCCUCCUUCCAAUCACGCGGAUCAGCGCCGUGAGGAGGCAUCAAGGGGCACUUGGGAGGAAAGGUUUCCCUCACUCCUAAAGGAAGUUUGUUUUCCUCCAAGGAGUCUUAAUAGACUUUGUUCACACCUGCAUCUUUAUUAGAGACCUCUCUUGGAGAUCACGUUGCACGCAGAGCUCGUUUUCUGCACUUAGUUUUUCUCGUGAAUUGACUGUGACCGACGGGGCAAAUGGAGUCCUCUCUUGAGUUUUCCAACUCUCUGGGCAGCGUGUCCUCCCUGUUGACUCGCUGUCGGACCUUCAAGGUGCUGGUGAUCGGAGACUCCGCGGUGGGGAAGACCUGCCUCACACACCGACUCUGCGCCGCAGACUUCCCCUGCAGAGUGGAGGCGACCAUCGGGGUGGACUUCCGCGAAAGACAGCUGGAUAUCCAUGGAGAGAAAAUUAAGCUCCAGCUGUGGGACACGGCGGGACAGGAGCGUUUCCGUAAGUCCAUGGUGCAACACUACUAUCGCAAUGUCCACGCGGUGCUCUUCAUAUAUGAUGUCACCUGCCCCACCAGCUUCAGCAGCCUGGCAGCCUGGAUAGAAGAGUGCAGGCAGAACUCCCUCGGGCAGGAAAUCCCCAGGUUCCUGGUGGGUAAUAAGGGGGACCUCCGUGACCCCAGCAGGACCGACGGCCAGGUAAGCCAGGAGCAGGCGAUGAGCUUCGCCAAAGCCCACGGCAUGAUGUGUUUUGAGACGUCCGCCAAGAACCCGCCAAACAAAUGUGGGAACGUUCGGCGAGGUGAUGGAGAGGUGCUGUAUCAGCAGGAUAAGGUGGAGGACAUUGUUGUUGCUCUUGGUGUCAAACUGAAGAGACAGAAGAAACCUGCAGCCGCAAACACGUCAACGCACGGGUCCUUUAAAGUUAUGAAUAAGAAAAGACCAGAGAAAGAGCUGUGGACCUGCUGCUGAGAGACGCAGGGAGCCGUUGGCCUUUUCAGAUGCAUCAAUGUGAUGUUUUUAGCUUGUGCGUUUGUGUCAAUAAGAGAAUGACGGUACUGUGCAUAAUGACCAGACAAAAAUACAAAUCUUUUUACAUUUGAAAUAGUUGCUGUUACUCCCACAUUGAACUUUAAUAUUUAUACUAUGUAAGAUGUCCUUUUUUGAAUUGUAUGUAUAAUUGUGAUCUUCUUGUUUACAAUUGCUGCAAAAUAAAAGACUGUGAAUGUAAACAUUA